CAAAUUAAACAUGUGAACCAGCUUAAAAAUGCUGGCUCGAGAGUUUAGGAUUUCAAUAAAGGUUGACCCUUUUUAUGUUGUGUCACCGUCUGGUUAAAAUGCGUAUGUGCAUAUAUGAGAAAGUAUUAAAAAAAGAUCAAUAAGAUCAGUAAUUUAUCAAAAACAGCUAGGUAUAUAAGUAAGUGAUGUGAUGUGAUAUUAAGAUCACUAAAAACAAACUAAUUAUGCAAUCCCUUGCAGUGGGUUCCAGAUUCUUCUUCUAACUUGAUAAUGGCUUUGCUUCAGAGGCCAUGGCUCUUGUUGUUGUCGCUGGUGCUCGUUGCCGGUCAAGAGCCUGAGAUUAUUGUACUUAAAGGCGAACGUUUUCUUGCAAGAAGACGGGACAGCAGCUACUCUUACGGUAACGUGACGGAGGAUAGAGAAUUCACAUUUCUGCUCAAAUUCGACAGUGGAGAUACAACGGAGUACAGCUAUGAGGAUAAAACAGCAGUUACACCCGACUCUAUACCGGCUUGGAUUAACAUAGGUGAUCACGUUCUCGCGGUGUCACCCGCUGCAAGUGCGAGCGAGCAAUACCUUGUUGGCUUUGUAUCUGAUGAUUUAUGUCGAGGACAAGACAAGGAGUAUUAUGAGGUUACUUUGGACCGCGAUCACCAAGUCGGCAACUAUACGAUCGAUAAGCUACGAAAGCUGCCUUUCUUCUCCUCAGUUCAUCAAGUCGGAGCUCGUGUUUUUGCUCGAGGAAAUGACAAUCUCUACCAUCGCGGUUUCGUGAAAAGAACAGGUUACCAUGGCGAUACGCUUUACAUUGAGGUGCAACUGGACCAAUCAGGAUCCAUUUCGCAUCAAGCUAGCGACCAAAGAGCCAUUGUCCUGGACAUAAUCCCAAAGUACAGUCACGUGCAUGCAACGCAGCGUGUGAUUGGUUACUAUCCCGGAUACUCAAGUUACCUCCCUGGAACAGUACUUAGACGGAAUACAGGCUGCUUGAAAUCAGCUUACCAUGUUCAGUUUGACAUGGGACAACAACGCGAGCAAGAUUUUAAUGACAUUCGAAUUCUACCACCACCUGUACAAUUUCUAUUGUUUCCCUGAAGUGGAUCUUUAGCGUGACUUUUAAAAAAAAAAUUUACUGGGGCGGGAGACAAAUGGAUGAUACCUAAGCACAAGACAAUUAUAUUACAGCAGUUUUUAAAGGACGAAUGAGGUUUAUUUUGGUGUAAAGAUAACUUACACCUAAGUCGUAGUCCUUAAUACCCUAAAUAACAUUGUAAUUUCAAGUUCCAUUUUCAGUCUUCUGAACUUAAACGGGGGUAAAUUAAACAGUUUUUAAACGAGGAAUGAGGUUUAUUUUGGUGUAUAGAUAACUUACUCCUAUGUCGUGGUCCUAAAUACUCUAAAUAACAUUGUAAUUUCAAGUUCCAUUUUCAGUCUUCUGAACUUAAACGAGGGUAAAUUAAACAGUUUUUAAACGAGGAAUCAAAGGUUUAUUUUGGUGCAAAGAUAACUUACACCUAUGUCGUGGUCCUAAAUACUCUAAAUAACAUUGUAAUUUCAAGUUCUAAUUUCAGUCAUCUGAACUUAAAUGGAGGUAAAUU